AGCUCCGAUUCGUGCUCUAAUGGCGGACUCGGUUGCUUGAGGAGUCAAUACAGCGAGCUGGUAAGAGAGGAUUUCGUGGCGGGGGAGCUACAUGGGUGGGAUUUUGAUCCUGGUGUUUGGUUUCUGCUCGACAUCUUUUCGUUCGGCUUCAAUGACUGUUGAGAAGCCUUAAAAAUCUCUGUUUUAGACGAGCGCCGUGGGUUCUACGGUUCUUGGUCUAUUUUUUGGAGGUUUCUGUGGAGGUUUUGGCAAGAACCAUAGUUUCUUGCUUCGGUUGGACGCUUGCGUCGCAUUACGGUGGAGAACAUUGAUUGUGGAGGAACGAUACUGCGCUGGUCGGGCCAAAGUUUGGAUCUUUAGUAGUGUGAGCUGCAAAGGUUUUCUUGGUUCUUGCAGAUUUCAGGUGCUCCAAUGGUGAUUCCUCCGAGAACUGGUUAAGGGAAGUAAACUCAUGCCCAGAUUCUCCGCUUUGAAUCAGGAAAAGAGAAAAAGAUGAAUGUGCCUCUGCCUUCGAUCUAUAAUGACUUUGUAGCAGUUGUGGGUGAUUCUUUUGUCAAGCAGAGUUUAGUAGGACUACACUUCACUGGGAGUUGACCACUCUUUUGCUUCAGUGCUUGCUGGAGUACAGCAGGAAUGAGGAUCUGCAAAUAGUUUCUUGAGAUUACCAUUAACGUCUGUUUGGUGUCAUCACCUUCAAUUAGCUAUGGGUUUCCAGAUGGUGUUGUUGAUUCCUUUGAAUAUACUCGUGCUAUGUCUCCAAGCUUUAGCAAUUGGUAACUUGACUUCUGAUAUGCAAGCCCUCCUUAAAUUUGCUGCAUCUAUCCCUCAUGGCCGGAAACUUAACUGGAGUUCUCGGACCUCAGUCUGCUCCUCUUGGGUUGGUGUCACAUGUACACCAGAUCAAACCCGUGUACGAAGCCUCCGUUUGCCAGGGGUUGGGCUUCUUGGCCAAGUCCCUACUGACUCACUUGGUAAGCUUGAUGCCCUUGAAGUCUUGAGUCUCCGGUCCAAUCGUCUUGUAGCAGAUCUCUCUCCUGAUGUCCCAUCAAUUCCUUCUCUGCAUUCUUUGUAUCUUCAGCACAACAAAUUAUCUGGAAAUAUACCUUCCUCUCUCUCUUCCAAACUCACAUUCCUGGACCUCUCCUAUAACUCUUUCAUGGGAGAAAUUCCUUUGUCAAUUCAAAAUCUUACCCAACUUACUGCAUUGUAUCUCGAGAACAAUUCUCUUUCUGGACCCAUCCCUGACCUUCAACUUCCCAAGCUAAGACAUCUAAAUCUGAGCUUCAAUAACCUUAGUGGUCCCAUACCAGUAUCUCUCAAGAAGUUCCCUGCGGAAUGUUUCUUGGGGAAUCCUUCCCUCUGUGGAACUCCUCUAGCACAAUGCUUUGCAGUUCCUCCGUCACCCAUAUCGCCCGCACCAGUACUACCUACAAAGCCCAAAAGAAGCUUUUGGAAAAAGCUAGGUACAAGGAUCAUAAUAGCAAUUGCUGCUGGAGGAUCAAGCCUUCUAUUUCUGUUGGUGAUUGUGAUCCUGGUAUGCAUUUCAAAGAAAAAGAGUAGGGAAGGUAGUGGUACACCGAAAGGAAAGGGCUCUGUUGGUGGAAGGGCUGAGAAACCUGAGGAAUACAGCAGUAGUGCUCCAGAGGCAGAGAAGAAUAAGUUGGUUUUCUUUGAAGGGUGUACUUACAAUUUUGACUUAGAAGAUCUGUUAAGAGCUUCUGCUGAAGUUCUUGGGAAAGGAAGUUAUGGAACAACAUAUAAAGCUGUUCUAGAAGAUAGUGUAACUGUGGUAGUGAAGAGGUUGAAGGAGGUAGUGUUGGGAAAGAGAGAGUUUGAGCAGCAGAUGGAAAUAAUCGGAAGGGUUGGACAACACCAAAAUGUGAUGCCAUUUCGUUCUUAUUACUACUCCAAGGAUGAGAAGCUUUUGGUGUAUGACUAUGCCCCUUCUGGGACCUUCUCUACCCUCUUGCAUGGUGGUAAAGGUGCUGGGAGAACUCCCUUGGACUGGGACACCAGGGUAAAGAUUUCACUAGGCGUGGCACGUGGAAUUGCCCACCUUCAUUCUCAAGGUGGUGGAAGAUUCAUCCAUGGCAACAUCAAAUCCUCCAAUGUCCUCCUGACUCAGGAACUCGAUGCUUGUGUCUCCGAGUUCGGUCUCGCCCCACUCAUGAGCUCUGCAGCAACCCCAUCAAGAGUUGUGGGCUACCGUGCACCUGAAGUCAUAGAGCACCGAAAAUCGACCCAGAAGUCUGAUGUCUACAGCUUUGGAGUCUUCCUGCUUGAGCUACUCACUGGGAAAUCUCCAUUUCAAUCUCCAGGCCGUGACGAUGUGGUAGAUCUGCCUAGAUGGGUCCAAUCUGUGGUCCGAGAAGAGUGGACUGCUGAAGUUUUUGAUGUGGAGCUGAUGAGGUAUCCCAACAUUGAGGAGGACAUGGUUCAGAUGCUUCAGGUUGCAAUGCAAUGUGUUGCAAGAGUUGCAGAACAACGGCCUAAAAUGGAGGAUGUGGUUAGAAUGAUUGAGGACGUCCAACGCUCUAACUCAGAGAACCGGCCAUCCUCAGAGGACAAGUCUAAGGACGAUGGUGUCCAAACACCAUGAGCAGUCGCAGAAGAAGCCAAUUUAGAGGUAGUUUUUGGUGUCUGAUUCAUGCAUGGUGAAUUUUGCUCGCAAGGGCAUUAUAUACCACCAUUGUUGUGGCUUUCACUGAGCUUGAUCAUCGCCGAAGUUGUCUUGGCCUGUAUUUGUGCACAUUGUGGUUGAUGAUUGCUAACAAUUCUAUUUGUUCCAUCAUGUCUUUGUGAACUUGGUUACUGCGUUUUACAGCACAGAAUUCCUUUUCGUAAGGUGACAUUGGUAUCUCUCUUACUGAUGAAUUUGUGAAAAAUGAUAUUGUGAUUC